CUAAAAUUAUUAAGGACAUUAAAAAUUCAUAUAAUAUUAGUACACUAAAUUCGAGGUCACCAGGGUUAUAGCUCAGUAAACAAUAAGAAUAGCUCCGCCCCUGAUUGUCUCAUUUCUUCGUGGAAUCAUGGAGAUGGAGAUCGAUUCCCCACCACAAUUGCUGGCUGAAAAGUUUGAGAAAACCCUAAGAAUUGAGGAUGAUGAUUAUGUCUUCGUUGAGGAGGAAGCAGAAGAAUCAGAAGAAGAAGAAUCAUCAUCAGAAGAAGAAAAACAACAACCACCACAACAACAACGAAGACAACAACAACAAGUACCACGCGGUUACAAUCCCUCCUCUGUAAUCUGGGAUGAGCCACAAGAAGACCAAACCAAUUAUACCUAUCAACAACUCUGCUUUGAGAUAGCCGACGAGGUCGCCAAAGAUUUCAUCCACCAAGUCGACGAGAAUCGGUUUGGCGAGUUUCCGUGGCCACCUGAUCUUAGUUGCCCACUGUUCCGAUAUGGGUAUAUUUGUCGGUACUUAAUAAAGUUGGAGCCAGAAGAUGUGGGAUCUAUGGUGGUGCAGUUUUCGAUAAAAUCGAACCCUGAAGAAAUGGAACGUGCUAAGAGAUUUCUAGAGCAAAUGCGGAGCAGCUGGGGUUAUGAUCUCGAUUGCGAUCCUCCUCAUUGGUUCGGCUGUUCAAUUUACCCCAUAGUGCUGGAGGAUGCAGCUGAGGCAGAGGAAGCAGCUCAGGCAGAGGAAGCAGCUCGUUGGGCAAUAAGCAGAGUCAAUAAAGUGGCUGGGGAAAUGGGCAAAAUUGACAUGAUGUUGGAGCUUAAGAGCCUGGACAAGGCUGUGAGGGGCUGCUUCAGCGUGUAUCUUGUGAGCUUUACGGUGAAGACUGUUUUGGGAGAUGCCAUUAAAAAAGUGAGGGCAUCGGUUGGGUUUGCACCGUCAGCUCCAGCUCCCAUUCUGUUGGAGUGCAAGCUUGUGCCGUAGUUGACUUUCCUACUACACUACUACUCGAUAACUCCACUUGGCAUUUUUUAUUAUUUUGUUUGGUUUUCAGACUGUUUUGACUUCUUCCAUAACCCAUUUGACAACAUCAUUUUGAACUUAUGAGCAGUGGGAAUCUGAACCUGACUGAAUGUACAAUAUUCCUACCUGGCAUAAGUUCAAUCCCACGUUCAGUGGCCCUGCUCAUUUUUCUCAUAUGUAGUCACUGGUUCAUUCCUCUCCUACUCAACGCAGAAUCACUCAAAACCGUACCUCGUCAUAGAUUUUGAACUAUACUAACUAUGUUCGCAUAUAAUUUUACUGAUGUCAUACAUUUACUUACAUUUACCAA